AAGAAGACCAAAAAGGGACAGGAGAAACCAGAAGUGCCACCAGAACUAGUGGUGAAGCCUAGAAGACAGUUUGUAGACGAGAGUAGUAAUGCCAAGUUCAAGGCUAGCUUUGAUGGUCCACCAAGCACUGUUCUUUUCUGGAGCAAGGACGGACAAAUAUUAAGUAACAGCGACCAUUUUAAGAUGUAUGAAGCAGACGGAUUCCAAUUUCUGGAAGUGGAGAAGGUAUCAGCAGAAGAUAUUGGAAUGUACAGCGUGACCGUUCAAAAUUUGGCGGGAUCUGACACAGCCGAGGCAGAACUGGAGGUGUUUGAAAAACCAAAGCUGCUGUCAAGAAGCGGCCCUGAAUGGGAACAAAGUUUGCAAGAUGUGGUAGUCGAAGAGGGGGAUGAAGGGGUGGAACUUGUCUGCACUAGUAGAGAUUUGAUACAGCCUUCGGUUAGAUGGUUUCACAAUGGGAAAGAACUAUUCUCUGGUUUCCACAUCAAACUCCAGCAUGUGGCCCAGACAGCAACGCUGAGUAUCAAGGAGAUCAAAGAGCGAGAUGCUGGGGAAUUUAAAUGUGUCAUGACUGGAAAGAACGGAGAACUGGAGACAUCUUGCAAUAUAAUUCUCAAAUGUAAGGAACCACCUGUUUUUGUAAAGGAACGGCAUGAUAUGGAGUUAAAGCUGGGAUCGCUGGAAUUCAAAUCACUUUAUAAAGGGUUUAUGAUACUUGAAUGCUGUGUUUUUUUUUUAAAUAACCUCUGUUAUCGCCUUGAUCCUGCAUGUGUUGCAUGCCUGCCUGCAUAUGUGAUUAUAUUUCCCUCUUUAGGAACCCCUCCCUUGAAAGUCUGCUGGUACCACAACAAUUUGGAGAUUAUUCCUGGCGGUGCACAAUACCUCAUGUCUUCAGUAGGCCACGUCCACACCCUAACACAGUUAAAUGCAUCAUCAGAGUCAUCAGGAGAAUAUGUGUGUGAGGCAUUUAAUGAUUUGGGCAGCUCAGACACAUUUUGCAUUAUAGAAGUGAGAGAAGUAGAGCACCCAGAACCCCCUGGUUUUGUUGUCCAUCCCUCGAACCUUGCUGCUCAUGAGGGUGAAACAGCUACCUUCACCUGCCAAGUCAAAGGUCAGCCAAUGCCAAGUGUUCUUUGGAAGAAAGAAGGUGCUGUCAUUGCAAAUAAUCAAAAGUUCAAGAUCACUAGAAUUGGUGACAGACAUACCCUGAAAAUUUACAGUCUGGAUCAAGCUGAUGCAGGAGAGUACAGUUGCUGCUUGCGCAACACUGAGGGUGAGACAUCUCAUGUCUGCUGGUUAAAUGUAGCUGAGCCAAAACAUUCAGCCAAAUAUCAGUAUCCAGUAGACAAGAAUCAGGAGAUCAAGAACAAUUUCUUUGAGACUGCAGAGGAUAGGGAUUAUGUACAAAAACCAAACAUCUAUAAAAGAAACUUGAAUAAUGAGGAUUUACUUACUGAACAAAAACAUGAUCAAAGUCAAAAAAAUAAGCAGGGAGUUUUAAAUGAAACAGUUAAUCUGACUGCAGUAUCUAAUCCAUUAAAGGAAGCAGAAUUAGAAAACGAACAAAUAGAAGUGUAUGGUUAUAAGGCAUUUAGAAGGGAUGUCAAAGAAGCUGGUCAUACAUCUAGUAGUAUUUGUGAAGAGAAUGCACCGAAAUAUUCAAGUGUGUCCACAGAGUCAACACAUUCAGCUGGUUUAAAGGAAGACUUUGUGGGUGACUCCAUUCCUAGGAGUGAGUAUAUUUCAAGAAGACUGCGGAGACAACUUGAAAACCAUGUUGUUACUACUAGUCAUAUUCCUUCAAAGGUGGAAAUAACUGAAGUAAGGCAAGGCAGAUUUUCAGACUCAAGUUCAUCAGACAUUGUUACGUCUAAAGAAUCUUCUUCAGACAAACAAAUACCAGUCUCUAAUGAAAAGUCACCAAAAGAAAAGUCUCAGUCGAAACCUGGAAACACCUUCUCUACAUCACACAGCAACAGAACAGAACCAAUAGAUGAACAAAAUGUCUGUAGUUCUGGUGGAGUCAGAAAACCACAAAUGGAUACAGACAGUGGCAACAUCUUAGAAGAUGUGCAUUCUGAUAGACAAAUUUUAAAUGCAUCAAAGUCUGUAGAUAUAGUGCAACACGAUCUCAAUGCAGGGCAAGGAGAACAUGUGUCUGCCCGUGCUAGAUCAACUGAUUUGAAUGAGCAUGGUCAAACAAGCAACUCUCAUCUGAGUAUUUCUGAUCAAAUUUCCACCUCGGAGCUACGUCAGCGGUGGAGAAAUUCUAGACAACAGAAAACUAAUACCAGUUUGGACAAAGGAAUUGCAUCUUCUGCUGUUAAUGAUCAUGUGGCCCAAACACUGCCCCAGUCAACUACUGGUGCCAUUUCAAUUUCAACGUCAGCACCACUUGCCACAACAAGAACAUCAUACACAGGAGCAUCCCUUUUGGGAGCACACUGCCCUCCUAGCUUUCCUACACCCUUGCAAGAUGUAACUGUCAUGUGUGGUUCACCAGCUAUACUUCAUUGUCAAGUUAUUGGAAACCCUAGACCAGAUGUGAAAUGGCUUCUUAACCAGAAACCGGUAGAGGUAUCUGACAAGAUCGACAUCAUUUACCAUGGCAAUAUUGCCCAACUGUCAAUCACAGAAACGUGCCGAGAACAUCAAGGUGACUUCACGUGUUGGGCGAAGAACUCACAAGGAACUGUUUCCUCCCACUGUACCCUGCACCUGAUAGGAGCUGCAGGAGUCCCUGCUGGCAAACCUUUUGUCAGUGCUAAAGACAGUCACAGUGUGUCCUUGUCUUGGCCAGGCUGUACCUCCAAACAUGAGAGUGAGGUGGUAUAUUACAUCAUUGAAGGCAAGGAGGUGAAGGAGAAAGCAUGGGACAUUCUUAUUGCACAGUGUAAGCUCUUUCCAUGCACUGUUGAAGGUUUAAAACCAGGGACAUCCUACCAAUUUCGAGUUCUGGUUGCCAACAAACAUGGAGUCAGCCCACCCUCAGAACCUUCAGAGACAGUGACGACCUUUGACUCCCCAACCAUGACUGAUGAUUUUGAAUAUGAAGGUGAACUUCCUUUCAAGCCUCGGGAAGUACAGAUCAACACUACUGAUCACUUUGAAGAUCUGUAUGAAAAGGAUAAAGAAGUCGGCAAGGGCAAGUUUGGUGUGGUCUAUAAAUGCAAACAGAAGUCAGAUGGUUCAGUUUGGGCUGCUAAGGUUGUGAGAUGCCGAGAAAAUGAGAAAGUAAACCUCAGACGUGAGAUUGCUAUCAUGAAUAAACUUCACCAUCCUAAGCUUCUGCUCUUGUGGGAUGCCUUUGAAUCUCCACGGCAAAUGGUCCUGGUCAUGGAAUAUAUUGGAGCCGGGGAGCUGUUUGAGAGGGUUAUUGAUGAUGAUUACAUCCUCACUGAGAAUGAUUGCAUCCAUUUUGUGCGUCAAAUCUGUGAGGGUCUGGCCCACAUGCAUAGCAAAAGCAUCCUUCACCUGGACCUCAAGCCUGAAAACAUUCUUUGUGUAGAAGAAAAUUCUAACAGGAUAAAGAUAAUUGACUUUGGUUUGGCUCGGUUCUACACACCUGGACAAGGCACCAAAGUGCUAUUUGGCACACCAGAAUUCAUUGCUCCUGAAGUUAUCAAUUAUGAUGAAAUCAGUUUUGCCACAGACAUGUGGAGCUUGGGUGUUAUUUGUUAUGUGCUUUUGUCUGGGCUGUCACCAUUCCUGGGUGACAAUGAUACUGAGACCCUGGCCAGUGUUACAACUGGGGAGUAUGACUUUGAUGAUGAAGCCUUUGAUGAGAUCUCUGAUGUGGCGAAAGACUUUAUAUCCAAACUUCUGGUUAAGAAAAAGGAAAAACGCAUGUUAACCGAACAGUGUUUAGCCCACCCUUGGCUGAGCCAGGAUGAAGUAGAUGGCAUCCAUGGAAAACGACUCAACACAGAGAGGCUGAAGAAAUUUAAGAAGGCUAAUAAAACUGGCAAUGCUGUGAAGGCUGUUAGUCGUCUGAUGAAGUCCAACAGUCUCACUGGCUUUGGCAUUAACCUCCAACACAACAACAACCUAAAAGAUGCAACUCCCUCCGACAUAACUGCACCUGAGUCUGCACUUCGGAAGACUGAAGUUUCAGACAAUGAGGAUGAUGAUUACGAUGACAGCCACAGUGAGUUUAAUUCUACAGAAAAUGACAUCACUUCAGAAAUGUCUCUGAAUUUACAUUCAAUCGACAACAGCUUUCAGAGUGUAGAUGAAAAUGGGUCAUCUGCGAAUAUUGAAAGCAACUUCAAUAAAACAAGUAUCUUGUGUGACAUUGAAGGGGAAAAUGGAGUGAGUUCAAAAACAGUGGAAACUAGUGCUGAAUUUGUGUCUGAAGUCAUUCCUAGAAGGCAAAGGGAAGCCACUUCAAAAGCUGAUGAAACCAAACCUUGGAUUUCAAGUAGAAGUCUUCAGGGUGCUUCUGAUAGAGUGAAAGACCUUAAUGAAGAUUUUGUGAAAACUGAAGCAUAUUCAGAAUCUUCAACACCCAGAGAGUCAAAUAAUUCUCCACCAACCUCUUCACUUACUGCAAUAGAAAAGAAGUCUGAAGAGUCAAAUCUUCUACAACCACCUGUUUUUACAAAACAAAUGAUUAGGUGUAAAACAUAUACUGGAGACGUUGCUCGUUUUGAUGUGAGAAUUUCAGGUGAACCCCUUCCUCAUGUGACUUGGUUUUUUGAGGAUGAAGAAAUCAUCUCAGACACUAGACAUGUGUUGUCCUUAAAUGAAAACACCAGAUCUUUCUCACUGAUUAUCCGUAACGUUGAAGAAGAUGACGAAGGCGAGUAUACAUGUAAAGCUGUAAACUCACUCGGGGAAAGCUCAUGUAGUGCAGAGCUUGUUGUGCUUGUAUUUUGA